AUGCAAACUUAUUUGAAAUACAGCGUACUAUUCAUCACAUUAAUAAGCUUACUAUCUUACUCAUCAUUGCAGGAUAUAGUCAGAUCAAAUGAUUAAUCUGCAUAUGUGGAUCCUGCUGUUAAACGUGAAAGUUUUCAAUAGCAUAGAUUAGGAAAGUUUAAUCCUUUAAUACCAACUAAAACUCCAAAGCCUAAUCCUACUUAAGAUAAAAGUCCAUUGCUAGUUGUUAUAACUUAACAAGCAGACACAACAACUCCAACACCUACUCCAAAACCCACAAUCAUGCCAACUUAAUAUAGAACAACAAUAUGCUUUUGGUGUCUGAAAGCAUAAAAUCAAGAGCCUGAAAAAAAUGCUAAGAAAGUUAAUUUACCAUUUGAUAAAAUGAUUUAGUAUGGCUAUAAUCUUGGAAAUCAAUUUAAAAAUGCUUUAAAACAAGACGAUGAUCUUAUAAUUAAACCUAAUUAUUUACUAGCUAAAAUAAAAGACUAAAAAUCUUAAUGA